AUGGAUCCCAACAAUAACCCUUUCAACACCCAAAAUUCUACUAAUUACCCUUUCAACUACCCAAAUCCCAACAAUUAUCAAUUUCAAAAUCAAUCUUCCAACCAACAAUGUCCCCAAAAUAUGCCAAAUUAUGGAUUUGCUCCAAAUUUCAUCAUGCUGUCAUCUGUUCCAAAUUAUCGUCCAUAUUAUGGAUCAAUGAUGCCAUAUUCAUCUCAAGCACCCCCUUAUUAUUCUUUUACUCCAAUGGGAAAUGAAAAUGUUCAGAAUGUUGGAGCAAAUGAAUUUACCGAAUUUUCUACACAAAUGGUUCUUGGUGGCAUGAGCGGUGGUCAUGAAGCCACUCCAAAUCCAGAGGAUUCAACUCCUGCUCGCCGAAAAAGCCUCAGAUGGACCACCGAGCAAAAUUUGGUUCUACUUAGUGGGUGGAUUAAAUAUGGAACAGACAGUGUUGUUGGGAGAAACCAAAAAAGUGAAUCAUACUGGGGUAAAAUUGCUGAUUACUGUAAUGAGCAUUGCUCAUUUGAUCCUCCCCAUGAUGGAGCUGCGUGCAAAAAUCAUUACAACUACAUGAACAAAAUACUGGGCAAAUGGAUUGGCGCUUAUGAUAAUGCUAAGCGUAUGCAACAAAUAUCAAUGGAUCCAUCUGAAUUUCCUUUUGAUAUUGAAGCUUACAAAAGACAGUCUGAAAUCGAAGAGAGGUAUAUCGUCAACCGGUUUAGGGAGCGUCGAAACAAAAUAGAGGAAGACUACGCACCUCGUAGCAAGAGAAAAUAUUUCAAGAGGGAUCAUGCAGCGGCAAACCAAAGAUUGAUUGACGACUACUUUGCCAAUCAACCAACAUAUGACGAUGCAAUGUUUCGCCGGCGAUUCCGGAUGCAAAAACAUGUUUUCCUUCGGAUCGUCGGGGACCUAUCAAGCAGUGACAACUACUUCACCCAAAGAGUUGACGCAGCCAAUAAAGAAGGUAUAUCUCCAUUAGCAAAAUGUACCACGGCCAUGCAAAUGUUAGCAUAUGGUGUGGCAGCCGACGCGGUCGAUGAAUACAUCAAAAUAGGAGGUACUACAACAAUGGAGUGCUUGCGUAGAUUUUGUAAAGGAAUCAUACAAUUGUAUGAGCCUGUGUAUCUCAGAGCCCCAACUCAAGAGGACCUGCAAAGAAUAUUGCAGGUCAGUGAACUGCGGGGGUUCCCGGGGAUGAUUGGGAGUAUUGAUUGCAUGCACUGGGAAUGGAAAAAUUGUCCUACAGCAUGGGAAGGUCAAUUUACUGGGGGAGAUAAGGGAACCACCACUAUAAUUCUUGAAGCAGUUGGAAAUACUCCAAGAGUGAACUUCUUCGUGAACCAACGUCCGUAUAAUAUGGCAUACUAUCUAGCUGACGGUAUCUACCCUUCCUAUCCAACUUUCGUCAAAUCAAUUAAACUGCCUCAGAGUAAACCAGACAAGUUAUUUGCACAAUAUCAGGAGGGAUGUCGGAAGGACAUCGAACGUGCAUUUGGAGUGUUGCAGGCUCGAUUUAAAAUCAUUCGCGAACCAGCUCGCAUGUGGGACAUAGCCGAUUUGGCUAUCAUCAUGAGGUCAUGUAUCAUAUUGCAUAAUAUGAUUGUUGAGGAUGAACGAGAAACAUAUGCUCAACGUUGGACCGAUUUUGAUCAAUCUGAGGCAAGUGGGUCUAGUACACCGCAACCAUUCUCGACCGAGGUGCUACCUACAUUUGCAAAUCAUGUGCAUGCUAGAUCCGAGUUGCGUGAUUCAAAUGUACAUCACGAAUUGCAAGCAGAUCUAGUCAAACACAUAUGGGCAAAAUUCGGAAUGUUUCGUGAUUAA